AUGAGUGUAUACCCUCACCAGGGGACGCUACGGAAACGUGGUCGACUCAAACUGCCGGAACCCCCGAGGACUCGCCCCCAUGUCGACCCCGACCACGCGUACCCUUCGCUUACCCAAAUUUACCAAUCGCCGCCGUUUGUCGGUAAAAACCAUAUCUACUACUCGCCGCCACUUUCCCUGGCCCAUGAUUCAGUGUAUCCAAGCCCGUAUAGCGCCUCCGCCGUCAAUGGAGCCGGAUUUCCCAUAGGUCCAGCGGCAUACGCCAACCAACAACCAAGUCCUCCCGUAUCGUAUACCUCGGCCCCACCCCAACCCCACUACGCUCCACCAAAUCCUAUGAGUCCCCCUCCAUUUCAGCCAGCACGUCCACCGAGUACUGCUGGAUCCACGAUGACCUCAUCGGUGUCGCCGGAACUACACCGGGCGUCAUCGGUAGUAUCCUCUACUUCACCCAACGAUAACUCGCCCCAUCUGUACCGCAACCACUGCGCCAAUACCGUGAUCCACCCGCUGAUGUCACCAUACAAUAUCAAUGAUACCGUACCGGUAAAUGACGAAGAUCCACGGGUACUUUUACACGAGGAAUCAGGGUUAGUCGUCUGUGCUGACGGCCACGAGCCUCAGGUGGUGCUUCCCGACCACGUCGACGACCAUCUUAUGCUGUACCAUGACGACCCCCAGUGGACCGAUAGUUACUGCCAACGGCUCCGCCAGGCGUAUUCACGCGGCACUGCCACCAAUAUCCCACCCAACGUUUUAACACCGCUCCCGUUAAUCCCCAUAUCGGAAGGGAUCUUCUGUUAUACGUGCUACAUCCCCAUCACCAACCGCCGCACCCACGUGUGUAAGCAACCGUCGCAAACCAGCCUCCAGCUCCUGGUGCCGUGCCAGGAGUGCUACAGCCAGAAGUUGGUGGUGUUGGGCCCGCUACCCGAGAAGCCCCUCAUGUAUGUCAAUGUCCACAUCCACGAGGAAACGGGGCUUGCCGUGUGUGCUGAGGGCCACAAACCCGAGGUGGUGCUCCGCCGCAAGCUCGAAGACCACUUGUUGCACCACUACAUGGUGUUGCUGUGCUCGGAGGCGAUCCGCGAUCGGCUCCGCGAGGAGCUCAGCAAAGGUACAGCCACCCUGGUGCCGGGGUUUGUGCACACGCAGCUCCCCGAGAUCCCCAUCAACAAAAAGGCGACGUAUUGCUACGAGUGUCACCGCGUCUACCGCAAUAUUUGGCAGCACAAUCACAGCCAAAAGUGCGGUGUCCACAAGCAGGUGCAAGUGCUGGCCCAGCUCUGCUGCAAGGGCGAGUGGGUGAUUGUCGGCACGCUUCCUAGAGACCCAAAUGCGGAGGACAAUAGCUAUAAUGUUAGUGUUGUCGACACCGAGCGUGAUGAUGACCACCAGUUGGCGGCGAAUAAGCCCCCGAAAAAUACCCCAGUGACGGUGAAGGAACCCCCGGAUGAUAUCUCAGUGGCAGCAAUUGAUCCCCCUGACGAUAACCACCAGGCGGAGAAUGACAAUGAUGAUGAUGACAACCAUCUGGCGGCAAAUGAUCAAUCUGACGACGACAACCAAUUGGCAAAUGAACAGUCUGAUGACGACCAAUCGGCGGAGAGCGAUCAGUCUGACGACGACAACCGAUCGACGACGGACCAAUCUGACGACGACGACCAAUUGGCGGUGUACAAGCACGACGAAUCAGGCCUCUACGUGUGUGCUGAACACCAUUUCCUGCAAGUGGUUCUCCCUCGCCAGAUUGACCCUCACUUAAAGAAGUGGCACCGUACCCUGGGCGAAGAGCUCCGCGGGAGAAUCCGCCGCAAGCUCCAGAAGUGUACCGUCGUCGACAUCCCCCAAAACAUCCACAAGCCUAUCCCAGGCUUCCCCAUCGAACGUGCCUACUACUGCUUCAACUGUGGCAGGGUGUUUCUCCAGCAGAAAUGGCACUUGCGGACGUUUACGCAGUGCAAGACCAGCCGGCGCGUCCGCGUCGACACCCAGGAGUGCUACCUGAACCGGCGGGUGAUCAUCGGACCCGUCCCCCAAUUGCCCGCUGAAACUAUUGAAGCUAAAGAGUCAGAUGACGACCACGAUGUGCAAGAAGUUGACGACGUACAAGAAGUCGACGACGUACAAGAAGUUGACGAUGUGCAAGAAGUCGAUGACGUACAAGAAAUCGACGACGACGUGGUGGAAGUUUCUCCACCACCCUCCCAUAAUAAUCAUGCAUCAGUGGUGAUCGAUGAUGGACACAAGGAGGCUGACGACAGUGACUUGCUCGUGUUUGCUCGAGGCACCCAACCAUUGAAAUUACUCCUACAAUGA